AGUGACGCGCGGGGGAGACGGUGAAGAUGAGUCCGCUGCUGCGCUUGGCUACUGGCGCUCUGCCCACGUUGCUCGGCACAUUUUCUGCGUGUGGAAACAGACUAGCCCGUCAGUCUGCUGCCGUUCCCCACUUGUUAAACUGUAGAAAAACGAUGCAUUAUCAGACAGAAGAGAGAGGAAGCCCCAACUCUCCUGACUACCGGAUAUAUUUUAAGACCUCUGAAGGAAAGUACAUCUCUCCCUUUCAUGACAUCCCACUUCUAGCUGAGGCAGAGAAGGAUGGACAUAUGUCGGCCAAAAGAGCAAAGAAAAAUGAAAGUGAGGUGCUUUUCAACAUGGUGGUGGAGGUGCCACGAUGGUCGAACGCUAAAAUGGAGAUAGCGACUAAGGAGCGCCUGAAUCCAAUCAAACAGGAUGUAAAGAAGGGAAAGCUCCGCUAUGUUGCCAACAUAUUUCCUCAUAAAGGUUAUAUUUGGAACUAUGGCGCCAUCCCACAGACAUGGGAGGAUCCAAACCACAAGGACAAAGACACCGAUUGCUGUGGCGACAAUGAUCCCAUUGACGUCUGUGACCUGGGCUCACAGGUCUGCUCACCUGGUCAAGUGAUUCGAGUGAAAGUACUGGGCAUCCUCGCGAUGAUUGAUGAAGGGGAGAUGGACUGGAAAGUGAUCGGUAUCAAUGCUGAAGACCCUGAUGCCCAAAAGCUGAAUUGCAUUGAUGAUGUCCGCAAGAGUCGGCCGGGUCACUUGGAGGCAACUGUUGAGUGGUUUAAGAAAUAUAAAGUGCCCGAUGGAAAACCUGAGAACCAGUUUGGGUUCAACUCAGAGUUCAAAGACAAGGACUUUGCGGUUGAGAUUAUAAAGUCAACACAUGAGCACUGGAGGGCGCUAAUGCAGAAGAAAUCAAACAGUGAGGGGAUCGAGUGCAAAAAUGUCUCAUGUUGUGAAAGUCCUCUCCAGUGCAGCAGCGACGAAGCCAGAGACGUGGUCGACUCGGCUCCUCCUAAAGGUCAAGCACUCCCGGUGUCCUCUCAAGUGGACAAGUGGCACUUUGUGUGACAUGUUGAGAACCACAUCAAUGACAGAUGAGCCUUCAACUAUGUCAUAAGUCUCCUCAUCAUUUUCGCCCCAAGAUGUCUGCCACAUUUGUUUUUAAAUACUUGUAUGAAUAAACACAUCCAUUGCGGUACACAAAAUGCGUUGACCU